CCAUACAACCUUUAAUGGAACCAGAUGGAAACCUUUCACUGUCCAAUUUUCUUGCUGAUAAUGAUGACACAUCUGAUGAUCUAUGCAGAAACCCCCCUAAUAACCGAGAGCACUGGGAACCAUUCCCUGAGCCUGCCACACAAGCAUUGAUGGUACCAGAUGGAACCCUUUCACAAAAUAUUUUUUCAAGUGAUAAUGAGGACAUAUUAUCUGACCAUAAUGAUGAUAGUGAUGAUGAUCCAGACUAUGUCUGUGAUUCUCAAGGAGAUUCUGACUCUUCAGGGAAGACUUCAUUAAAUAAUUCUCAAGCAUCAUUGCCUAAGGCUAAAUGUACAUCAAUAAAUGGCAUCACUCGAUCACUGAAAUCUCUGUCAUCAGAUCAGUCAUUGGAGGCAUCAUCAAGAUAUGGAGGCAUUGAUGCUGACCAUGAGGGGAUAACUGUGAUGAAGACCAACAAUCAAGGAGGGCGAAAAUAUGACAAGGUAGCUUAUUGCAUGAUGUGUGAGAAGCCCCACAAAAAACUUCCUGAUCACCUGCGGUCACAACAUUCCAAUGAAAUAAAGGUGGCGCAAUACAUGGCAGCAACGAAUCGAAAAGAAAAGGAUAAGCUAUUGACAUUGAUAAGAAAUAAAGGAAAUCACAUGCACAACUACAGGGUCUUCGAAAAGGGUCAUGGAGAGCUUGUGGUCGUAUAUAGACCUUCUUGUGAAGCAAAGCCCCGUGAUUAUCAGCCUUGCAAAGAUUGUUUGGGAUGGUUUGCGAAAGCCGAAUUGUGGAAACACCGCUGCAUUUUGAAGCAAGAAGAGCCGGCUAAGGAGCAAAAGAAAAAACGAAGAAGACUAUUAGCACAAGGUCGACUCUUGCUUCCACCAGUGCCCUGCACAUCAAGAGAUUCUAUAACACACAAAGUACUGAGUGGUCUCAGCGAUGAUGAAAUCAAGGCCUGCAUUCUAAAUGAUCAGUUGAUUCUAGAAUUGGCCAAGGUGUACUCUAAGAAAUUGGGCCAUGACGAAGAACAGCACAACCACAUCAGAUGCAAGUUACGAGAACUAGGAAGACUUGUACUUCAGUUCAGACGUUGCAUCUGCAAUGGCAAGGCAAGUCUGACUUCCCUGAUAUCACCAAAUGGUUUUAUGACUGUCUUGAGUGCUGUCAAGAAAGUGGCAGGCUUUGAUGAGGAGAACCACUUGUUCAAUACACCAAGUCUAGCACUUAAGCUGGGACAUACCUUAAGAAAGGCUGCCUUUGUGCUCCUGAGUAAGGCUUUGAUGGACAGAGAUGGGGAUGACAUGCAGAAACUUGUAGAAAAGUUCAUCAAGCUGCUUGACACUUGUUGGGGAUCUGAAAUCUCUACUCAUGCUCUACGAACUUUGUACCAGAGGAAACGAAACCAGCCCAAACUCCUACCCCUAACGAGUGAUGUUGUGGCUUUGUCAAGACACCUAGAGGUACAGGCUGAACUUUGUGUAGACAAACUGUCAUCUGGGACCGCAAUCGAAAACCAUAGCACAUGGAGAGAACUCAACAAGACCAUGCUGGCUCAUCUCAUUGUGUUUAAUAGGAGGAGACAAGGGGAAAUCAGCAAGAUGACUCUUGAUGACUACAAUAAAAUCAAGAAAGGUGAAUCUCAUAUGGUGGAAGGACAACUAGAGAUGCUGAAAGACUGGGAAAAAAAUCUUGUAAAGUUUCUCUGGAGAGUUGAGGUAGUAGGAAAACGUGGCAGGACAGUGCCGAUCCUUGUGACAGACUCCAUGAAAUCAUGUGUAGACACCCUUGUAUCCCACAGGGAGGAAGCAGGUGUAAACCCAAGCAACAAAUACCUGUUCGCCGUAGCCAAUAGUGACACUACAUCUCAUGUUCGAGGGUCAGAUGCUCUCCGUGAGCUGUCAGAAGCAUGUGGAGCACAAAAUCCUUCAACACUUCGAUCCACAAAAUUACGGAAGCAUGUAGCUACCAUGUCACAACUAAUGAGCUUGAGGGACCAUGAGAUGGACGCCUUAGCAAACUUCAUGGGCCACGAUAUUAGGAUACAUAGGGAGUAUUAUAGACUGCCAGAUGCUGCUAUGCAGGUGGCCAAAAUAUCAAAGAUCCUGUUCGCCAUGGAGGGAAAAGCUGGGAACCCGGUCCAGCUGAUUGGCACUGCAAAAAGUCUGGAUGAGCUUCAAAUCAAGUUAGAUGAAGAGAUCGACACUGGAGAACAGGGACCUGAAUCAUGUGAUGACAAUUGUGACAGCGAUGUUGAUUCUGGUGAUCAUGAUGUCGAACGUCAGCUACCUGGAUGCUCCCAAAAAGGUACCAAAAGGCAAAGGCAAACGCAACAUGUACUGGAAGAGGUUGAUGAACAGCCAAUAAGGAAGAAACGAAAGACAGCAUGGAGCGAUGCGGAAAAGUCGGCUGUCCAGAGACGUUUAGGAGCCUUUAUGACUGUUCAUUCUAAGCUACCUGGCAAGAGAGCGAUAGACGAAUGCUUGAAAGCUGAAGCUGUGCUGAAACACAGAACGUGGGUCAACAUCAAAGACUACGUAAGAAACUCGAAGGUUACCAAAAGCAGAAAAACACAGCCUUGGUAAAAACAUUCCCUUUAAUAUCAAAUCACCAUUUUUAUAUUGAAUACACACAUGCUUUUGUUUUGAGUCACCAAACUGCUGAAAAUGCUCAUAAAUUACAAGGCAUGUUCUUGUUAUUACAGUCUAAAAUGUGUAUUCUUUUACAUUUGGUUUCUCCAUGUAUUCAUAAAAUGUUUACCCACUCUACUGGCAAAGGAUUUGUUAUUUUGAGGUUUUAUUAUCAUUUUUGUAGGCAUCCGGCAAUUUGUAAUUGUGUUAGGGUCUUAGUGGACCUAUGCUUGGCCACUCCCAGAUAUCAAUGACAGGGAGCAUAUCGUUUAGGCAACAUGUACUGAUUACAAUGAGAAUUUUGCAGCAUGAGUUGGAAAUAUCCUAUUUGAACAAGAAAAAAAAACCAUAGAUUUUUUAACGAAAUAAAUCAGUGGAAGUUGUAAUCAAACAGUCAAGUAUUUGCAUUUACAUACCAUAAUGGCAGCAUAAGAAGGCAGUAGGGGAAUUGACUAGUGUAAUGCUUGUACAUUUGUGACACAAUUAAAACUUAAACAACAUUUAUUAUGAGAACACGUUCAGUAUAGUGUAUUAAUAUUAUCAUCAAGGGAGAGUGCCCUUACUAUGUGUAAAGGGUGCCCCUUUUCAUUUUGGACAGAACUUGUGUUGUUUCUGAUAUUAUUAUGGGGUUGUACUAAACACUCGGGUCGCGGCGCGCUGAAAAACACUCGGGUCACGGCUCGUUUGGCCAUCUUUUUUUAAGUGUCUUCAAAUCGGCUUUUUAAUAUAAGGGGGAAAUCUUAUUUCAAAUUAGCGACUGUUUUUACACUCGGGUCGCGGCUCGCUGGGCCAUUUUUUCAAUGAUGUCUUCAAAGGGGAUGCGU